GACUUCACCAAAUUACAUCUCACAGAUAGCCUCCACCCACAAGUGACUCAGGUAUCCUCCAGUCAUUCAGGAUGUAGCAUCACCAGUGACUCUGGCAGCAGCAGUUUAUCUGAUCUUUACCAGGCUACAGAGAGUGAGGCCGGGGAAAUGGAUCUAAGUGGUCUGCCAGAGACUGCAGUAGAUUCUGAGGAUGAUGACGAUGAGGAAGAUAUUGAGAGAGCAUCAGACCCAUUGAUGAGCAGGGACAUUGUGCGAGAUUGCCUGGAGAAAGAUCCCAUCGAUAGGACAGAUGAUGACAUUGAACAAUUAUUGGAAUUCAUGCAUCAGCUCCCAGCUUUUGCCAACAUGACAAUGUCUGUCAGAAGAGAGCUUUGUGCUGUGAUGGUGUUUGCAGUGGUAGAGCGGGCAGGCACCAUUGUGCUCAAUGAUGGUGAAGAGCUUGAUUCAUGGUCAGUAAUUUUAAAUGGUUCAGUUGAGGUUACAUACCCUGAUGGAAGGCUGGAAAUCCUGUGCAUGGGCAACAGCUUUGGUGUCUCUCCUACUCUGGAGAAAGAAUACAUGAAGGGAGUAAUGAAAACAAAGGCUGAUGACUGCCAGUUUGUAUGCAUUGCUCAACAAGACUAUUGUAAAAUACUCAAUCAGGUGGAAAAGAAUAUGCAGAAAGUAGAGGAAGAGGGAGAAAUUGUCAUGGUGAAAGAACAUCGGGAGUUGGAUCGCACUGGAACCAGGAAAGGGCAUAUAGUCAUUAAGGGAACCCCUGAACGGUUAACAAUGCACCUGGUGGAAGAACACUCAGUGGUGGACCCAACAUAUAUAGAAGAUUUUCUUUUAACCUACAGAACGUUCUUAUCAAGCCCAAUGGAAAUUGGGAAGAAAUUGCUGGAAUGGUUUAAUGACCCAAGUCUCAGGGACAAGGUUACACGGGUAGUAUUAUUGUGGGUAAACAAUCACUUCAAUGAUUUUGAAGGAAAUUCUGCAAUGACCACAUUUCUUGAGGAAUUUGAAAACAAUUUGGAACGGGAGAAAAUGGGCGGUCACCUCAGGCUUUUGAACAUUGCUUGUGCAGCUAAGGCUAAGCGCCGACUCGUAACUUUAAUGAAGUCAUCACGUGAAUCCCCCUUGCCAUUUAUCCUGUUGGGAGGCACUGAGAAAGGUUUUGGGAUCUUCAUUGAUAGUGUAGAACCUGGAAGCAAAGCUACUGAAGCUGGAUUGAAACGUGGUGAUCAGGUAAUGGAAGUUAAUGGACAAAACUUUGAGAAUAUUCAGCUACCUAAAGCCUUGGAAAUUCUUAGGAACAACACUCAUUUGUCUAUCACUGUGAAAACAAACUUGUUUGUAUUUAAAGAACUUCUAUCCAGACUUGCAGAAGAAAAGAGAAAUGGUGCUCCACACUUACCAAAAAUAGGUGACAAAAAAGGCAGCCGCUAUUCCAUCCCAGACCUAGCUGUCGAUGUUGAACAGGUGAUUGGAUUAGAUAAAGCAAACAGGAAAUCCAAGACAAAUACAGUGGCAGGACGGAACAAACUGAAGAAAAUUCUGGACAAGACACGAAUCAGCAUCCUUCCACAAAAACCUUACAAUGAUAUUGGUAUUGGUCAAUCUCAGGACGACAGCAUAGUUGGCUUGAAACAAUGCAGACAUAUUGCUCCUGCUCUGCCUGUAAGCGGAACGUUAUCUUCUAGUAAUCCUGACCUGUUGCAAUCUCAUCAUCGCAUUCUUGAUUUCAACACUACACCAGAACUUCCAGACCAAGUUUUAAGGGUUUUCAAGGCAGAUCAACAAAGUCGCUACUUAAUGAUCAGUAGAGACACUACUGCAAAAGAAGUGGUAAUUCAGGCACUUCGUGAAUUUGCUGUGACUGCUACUCCUGAAUCAUACUCACUUUGUGAGGUCUCUGUCACGCCUGAAGGCGUCAUCAAACAGAGGCGUCUUCCAGAUCAACUAUCAAAACUUGCUGAUCGAAUUCAACUUAGUGGCAGGUACUAUCUAAAGAACAACAUGGAGACAGAGACAUUGUGCUCAGAUGAGGAUGCUCAGGAAUUGUUCCGGGAAAGUCAGAUCGUACUGCUUCAGCUAAGUACUGUUGAAGUUGCCACCCAGCUCUCCAUGAGGAACUUUGAAUUAUUUCGUAACAUUGAACCCACAGAAUACAUUGAUGACUUAUUCAAACUUAAAUCAAAAAGUGAAUGUGUCAAUCUCAUGAAAUUUGAGAACAUUAUCAAUCAAGAAACAUUUUGGGUUGCAACAGAGAUUCUUCGAGAGUCAAACCAAUUGAAGAGAAUGAAGAUAAUUAAACACUUCAUUAAGAUGGCACUACACUGUAGAGAAUGCAAGAACUUUAAUUCAAUGUUUGCAAUAAUCAGUGGUCUAUAUCUUGCACCAGUGGCACGACUGCGUAAUACAUGGGAAAAGCUUCCAAACAAAUAUGAGAAGUUAUAUCAAAAUCUUCAGGAUCUCUUGGAUCCUUCCAGAAAUAUGGCUAAAUACCGCAAUGUUCUCAAUAACCAGAACCUGCAGCCUCCUAUUAUUCCCCUCUUCCCUGUAAUCAAAAAAGAUCUGACGUUCCUACAUGAAGGAAAUGACUCAAAAGUAGAAGGUUUGAUCAAUUUUGAAAAGCUACGCAUGAUUGCUAAAGAAAUUCGUCAUGUUGGCCGUAUGGCUUCAGUUAAUAUGGAUCCUGCUGUUAUGUUCAGAACAAGGAAGAAGAAGUGGAGAAGUCUGGGGUCGCUUAGCCAAGGCAGUACAAAUAGUACUGUAUUAGAUGUGGUACAGGCAGGGGGACACAAGAAGCGAGUACGUCGCAGCUCAUUUCUCAAUGCAAAGAAACUCUAUGAAGAUGCACAGAUGGCUCGGAAGGUAAAGCAGUACCUUGCAAAUCUUAACCUGGACAUGGAUGAAGAAAGUCUCCAGGCCUUGUCUCUUCAAUGUGAGCCAAGUACGAAUACAUUACCCAAGAAUGCAGGAGAAAGAAAAGCAGGCAAACUUUCAGAUACGUCUCCAGUUGCUCCAAGAUCAGGGGCACAGCAACAGAAGCAGCAGAAAGUGAAUCAGGUCCUCCAGGUCCCAGCUGUAUCAUUAUAUCCAUCACGCAAGAAAGUGCAAGUUAAAGACCUACCUCCAUUUGGUACUCAUUCUCCUCAAGCUUUGAAGAAAAUUCUGUCUUUGUCUGAAGAAAGAAAUUUGGAUCGGAAUAAAAAGCAGGCAGAAGAUACCAUAUCAAACACAUCAUCCCAGCUGUCAUCUCCUCCUACAUCUCCUCAGACAUCACCAAGGAAAGGUUUUAUUUUGGCACCCAGUGCCACUGCUGAUAAUUUUUCGGACUCUGGUCACAGUGAAAUCUCCUCCCGCUCCAGUAUUGUUAGCAAUUCCUCCUUUGACUCAGUCUCUGUCAACCUGCAUGAUGACCGACGACAGCGACAUUCUGUCAGUGUUAUAGAUUCAACUUUAGGCUUGGGUGUAGAAAGAAGACUGGAGAAACGAUCAGUGGCUGAUCCAGAUCAAUACUAUAUCAGUUCGUACACACCACCCGGCACAGAUGGCAGAGGAAGUCUGUAUACAGGAGCAGCAGUACUAUCUUCACCAAGCAUGGAAGAGUUAACUCAGGACCAAGGAGACCGGACGUCCCUUGAUGCAGCGGAUAGUGGUAGAGGAAGUUGGACUUCUUGUUCGAGUGGAUCACACGAUAACAUCCAAACAAUUCAACACCAAAAGAGUUGGGAAACGCUUAGUAGUUUGGGAAAUCUUCAUUAUGAGAGCCCUGCUGAAGGAACAGGUCUAACGACCAUGUGGGCUACAGGCAGCCAGAUGGACCAAACCAUGUUUUCUGAGCGUGGCACAAAAUUGAACAGGCAAGGCCAACCCAAAGACACUGUUGUUCAUGCUCAGUCCAGGAGUAGCUGGGCAUCAUCGCCAGGUUACUGGGCAGAGGAUUCCGAAGGUGACACAGGAACUAUAAAACGGAGGGGUGGAAAGGAUGUAUCGGUUGACUCUGACGGAAGCACUACGACGUUAUCUGGAGAAGAUUCUAAUCAAACUGUGAGAUCUUCUCAUAUAGCAGCAUCUUCAUCUACAGCAAAAGGUCUCAUUGCACGUAAAGAGGGCAGAUAUCGAGAGCCACCGCCAACACCUCCGGGGUAUGUUGGCAUUCCAAUUGCAGAGUUCCAAGAAGGUCAUCGACAUCCAGCAAUGAAGCCUCCAGAUUAUAAUGUAGCACUACAAAGAUCACAAUUUGUGGCAAGAUCUUGUGAUACCAUUGGCCAUUCGUCUGUGCAAAAUGCAGCUUCACAUAUGGUCAGUCACUCACAGGUUAGGCCUCUAAGCAAGCCUCAGUGGCACAAGCCAAAUGAGUCAGACCCCAGACUAGUUCAUCUGCAGGCUCAAGGUUUACCAUCAGAAGAUGAGGAUGGAACAGAAAACAAAAAGAGAAUUGACAAAUUUAAAAAAGAACAUGAAGUGGAAAGCAGAAAGCAAAGAGCAAAAAGAAGAUGAACAAGUUUCUGCAGUUUGACCAGUUUUUGCUUCCUGCUUUUUCUUAAGUUUAUCUCACUUCAUGCAAGCUACAUUUUGGACAGCACAACAGAUCAUCCAGAUGUAGGAACCUUGGAACUCUCUUGAAUGAAAUUCCUGAUGCCACUUGCCUCUUUCCCUGCCUUAAAGCAGCAUGGGGCUUUUUAUCCCCGCAUGUGGAAUACUGUGAAGAAACUGUCCUGGCACUUUGGAACUGUAUUGCUUUUAAUGCACAGAGCUUAUUCAACAGACUACUCCUGUUACCACCCAGCACCACAAACUGCUCAGAAUUGAGUUUUACUUUGUUCACUAUGGACCUGCUCUUGAUGCAUUCUUUAAUCAGCCUAGAACGUUUCAAAUUCUUUUGCAGGCUUUUUUUGGCCACUCUGGCACGUUAGUCAUUUAAACAAAAAAAAGUGACGAUUUUAAACAACAAGCGAAUCAUGCAUGAUUUUGUAUUUCAGCUAAUUAUAGGACAUGUUGUAUUCACUUAACUUUUGGGCACAGAGAUCAAGACAGGUUUUUAAUUUAUGUCAACUUUUUUGAUUAAAUACUGCUUACAGAACAACCAACACAAGAUCUCCACGAUUACAGUAUUAUUUUACACAUAACUUAUAUUUUUUGAUUGUAGGAUUUUGAAUUAGUAUUUUAAAUAAUUGAACUGGAUGACAAUGUAGUGGAUGGCGCUCUGUAUCCUAGAAUCAUGCUGGCUAGUUCUUCCCUUUGACAAAAUUAUGGCGCCCUCCUAUUUGAUGAUAGGGACACAAGGCUUCUUAUAGAAAAGCCUCAUUUCUUUUUUCCAGCCUUUGAAAUUUGCAGUAUGUACAAGGAAAUUAACUUAUUUUAUGCUUCUUGGAAUAUCACUGCAUGCCUAUAAUGAAGACUGAGACUUCAAAGCAAACCACCUUCUGCUGCUAUUUAAAACUUCAAAUUACUGAAUUGGCAGCAGCACUUUUGUUGCCGUUCUUCAGACUCCCAGUAGUGAAGGCUGCCAGUCUGAGUAGUACUCAAGUGUAUGGAAACUGCUUUUCUUAGAUCUGUUUCUUGUAUUUUUAUUUCCAUUGAGCUCAGCUGAUCAUAUUGAUCAGUAAAUAAACUUAGGUUCAAUUGAAGACUGCAGUGUUUUCACUGUAUUUAAAACAUCAGUGCUUUAUUUAACUGUCAUGAAAUCAUACUUUUGGCCCGCCUUAUUUGAAAAUACUUCAUGUUGGUCAGUUAUACAUUGGUAAUUUAACUGUAUUAUGCAUAAUUUGUCGAUGUCAUUCUACAGUCAAUGGAAAUUGUGUGCAUAUAGGCAGACAAAGAUAAAUAAUAGAUAUAUUGAAGAGUUGCACAAAUAAUAUAAACUUAACUGUAAUUGUAGAACAUAGAAAUGCUAAUCUCAUUUCAACAAAUCUGUGAUGUUAAGUGCAAAAUGUAUGAUUAACUGGUGAUUUCCUCAUACUUUUGAUACUACUUGUACCUGUAUGUCUUUUAGAAAGACAAUUGGUGGAGUCUGUAUCUCUUUUGUAUUUUUAAUACAAUAAUUGUACAUAAUGGUUAUAUUUUUGUUGAAAAUGGUAGAAAUGUACUGUUUAUGCUUCUACAUCCAGUUUAUACAAAGCUGGGGAAUAAAUAUAACUGAGAAGUG